CUGGAAGUGUCCACUCGCCCUCCACCAGCAUGGCCACGUCCUCCCAGUACCGCCAGCUGCUGAGUGACUAUGGGCCACCGUCGCUCGGCUAUACGCAGGGAACUGGGAACAGCCAGGUGCCCCAGAGCAAAUAUGCAGAGCUGCUGGCCAUCAUCGAGGAGCUGGGAAAGGAGAUCAGACCCACGUACGCAGGCAGCAAGAGCGCCAUGGAGAGGCUAAAGCGUGGCAUCAUCCACGCUCGAGGGCUGGUCCGGGAGUGCCUCGCGGAGACGGAGCGCAACGCCAGGUCCUAGCGGCCGCCGCCCGCAGACUCCAUGCAGGAGGUGUUGCCGCCACUGCGGCGCAGGGAAACUCAUUUUGGAAAUGUUAACAGUUUAGUUUUUUUCUGCCAUGGUUCGCUAGGCUCUGAACCUACAGUCUCAAAGAAUGAGAAAAGAUUUCACAGGGAAUUCGGGUUUGCAUCUGACGUAGUGAGGCCAACCCAGGGUUUUGUUUAGCAUUGAUUUAAAAGAUGCACGUGACGUUAUUAUAUUUUACAGCAAACCGUUGUUUGCGCCCAAGGUCCCAAUGUCUCCCUUCAGUCUUUUCUGUUGAAUACAUUUACACCUCCCCGAUCGAUCGUUCUUUGCUCCUUGUCAUAGACCCUGCUGCCCCAGGACUUGGUUCCGCACCGGCGCUGGACCCGGUGGGUCUGAUGGGGCGGAGCCUCCUUGCUUCCGCAUUUGCAUGACUCUUAGCGCUUUGAAAUCAGUUCUAAAAAUGCACAAGUUAUAAAUACAGAAGAAAGAGCAACCGACUACACUUAAAACGGACCCUGGACACUCUCAUAUGAAGACUCUGUGUGUAGAUUUCAGUUCUGCGUUUGCCCUAAGUUGAUCAAAACAUCCAGAAGAAAAUGACUAAAACUGUUUGCAUCUUUGUAUGUAUUUAUUACUUGAUGUAAUAAAGCUUAUUUUCAUUAACAAUU